GUUCACUGGGACCUUAACGUUUGUAUGUCAUGUCAAGCAUCACUAUGGGUUUGUAGGUCAUAUCAAGUAUCACUGGGGUUUUGUAGGUCAUACCAAGCAUCACUGGGGGCUUGUAUGCCAUACCAAGCAUCACUUGGGAUAUGUAUGUCGUAUCAAGCAUCACUAGGAAUUUGUAUGUCAUAUCAAGUAUCACUGGGGUUUUGUAGAUCAUAUCAAGCAUCACUGGGGUUUUGUAGGUCAUAUCAAGCAUCACUGGGGUUUUGUAGGUCAUAUCAAGCAUCACUGGGGGUUUGUAUGUCAUAUCAAGCAUCAGUGGAGGUUUGUAUGCAAUAUCAAGCAUCACUAGGG